UGUGAUCCUUCUUAUUAGAAAUAUAGGAAUGGCUACAAUGACUUUAGAUGGAAAUUUGAGCCUUCAAAUCAGCAAAGACCCUCAAAAACAUAGGGUCGUGACAGAGGAAAUCGACGGUCUAAUAAGAGUUUACAAUGACGGACAUGUGGAAAGAUUUCAAAUUGUUCCAUGUGUUACGUCUAUAUUGUCUCCGGAGUUUGGUGUAAACUCCGGAGACAUAGUCAUUGACAAGUUAUCAAAAAUUUGGGCACGUUUUUACGUGCCCAAAUACCAUGGGAAGAAGAUUCCCCUCCUAGUAUACUUUCAUGGAGGUGGUUUUUGUGUUGGCUCAGCUGCUUGGAGUUGCUACCAUGACUUUCUAGCAAAACUAGCAGCAGGAGCAAAUUGCAUUAUCAUGUCUGUAAAUUACAGUUUGGCCCCCGAAAAUCCUCUUCCUGCUGCUUAUGAAGAUGGAUUUAAAGCUCUUAUGUGGAUUAAACAACAAGCUCUAAGUGGGGUUACUGAUCAUCAAUGGUGGUCAAGCCACUGCAACUUCUGCAACAUCUUCCUCGCCGGCGACAGUGCCGGAGCCAGCAUAGCCUACAAUGUGGCCUUGAGGAUAGGCGACGCCGCCACCACUUUGAAGCCUAUGGGCAUUAAGGGGACCAUUUUGGUUCAGCCAUUUUUUGGAGGAGAGACAAGGACACACUCGGAGAAGUUCAUGGUGCAACCACCGCGUUCCGCCCUCAGUUUGGCAGCCUCCGACACAUACUGGAGGCUGUCACUGCCGACGGGGGCGAACCGUGACCAUCCAUGGUGCAACCCAUUGGCAAGAGGGGCUAAUAAAUUGCAGGACUUGGGGGUUUUGGUGUGUGUAUCAGAGAUGGAUAUAUUGAAAGAUAGGACCUUGGAGUUCUGUGCUGCUUUGGCUAAUGCUGGUAACAAAGUGGAGCAUGCUGCGUAUAAAGGUGUUGGGCAUGCAUUUCAGGUUCUGAGCAAGUCUCCACUCUCACAGACUCGAACCCUUGAGAUGAUUUCUCAUAUCAAAGGGUUCAUUAGUAGAUGACAAUCUCUCUCUCUCUCUCUCUCUCUCUCUCUCU